AUGAAGCAGCACAAUCAAUUCAACGCAAUUACAUCUGUGGAAGAUCAUACUGGACAAGUAAAAACUCAAACAGAUGAGAUAAAAAAGGUGUUUGUGGAUUAUUAUCAAGAUACUCCUAUAACAGAUGAAAAGAUCAAAGCUGUGGUUAUGAAUUUCAAACCAGAUAAAGCCCCUGGUCCAGACGGCUUCCCAGCUAGGUUUUAUCAAUCAUUUUGGUCUAUUGUCCAACCUGAACUUAUUAAUACUUCUAUUUCAGAGGGGAGACUUACAUUGUCAAAUACUGCCUUGAAAGCAAAAUCCACAUGUUGUCAUACUUUUUUUGCUGAUGAUCUUUUGAUUACUUGCAAAGCUUCAGUUUCUAAUGCUAGAACACUUAAACAUAUUUUCAAGAUUUUUGGGGAUGCUGCUGGUCUUCAUAUCAAUUAUCAGAAAAGUAGUGUUAUCUUUUCCAAGUUUGCCAGAAGAAAGAGAUCAAUUUUGAACAUGCUUCAAUGCAAGGAUGAUGUCUUUCCUUUCAAAUAUUUGGGGUUACCAUUGAGUUCUACUGGUUUCAGAAAAUUCCAUUGUAAUGCUCUUAUUGAUAAAAUCUCCAAAAAGCUCUCUCAUUGGAGUACUAAGUUGUUAUGUACUGCAGGUAAAGCUAAGCUGAUAAAGUCGGUUAUUACUCUUACAUGUCUUUACUGGUGCAGCGUUUUUCAACUUCCUAUAGCAGUCAUCAAUCAAAUUCAAAAGAUGUGUAGAGAUUUUGUUUGGGGAAGCAGGGAAAAUAUGAAUAAACUUCAUCUCUUGAGCUGGAAUAUGAUAUGCAGGCCCAAAGAUGAGGGAGGUUUGGGUAUCAGGAAAUUGAAAGAUCUGCAGGUCACUUCUCAGUGUGUCUUGGCCUGGGAUUUCCUAUUAAGCAAGGAUAGGCUUUGGAUAUCUUGGUUUCAUCACAAGUAUACAACAUCUUCUAAUUUUUGGAAUGUUAUUCCUAAGAUUUCACAUUCAAUCUUGUGGAAGAACAUGAUUAAUGUUAGAGAAACUUUGCUUAAUGCAAUUCAUUUCUCAAUUGGUGAUGGGUAG